AUGGAAAACAACACCGAACAACAGUAUCAAGGCGAAGAAGGCCAUGGUCAAUUUCCCGUAGCUUCGCUUAUGAACAUAUCCAAAAAUGACGAAGAAAAAGGCAACACAAGUAUUACUUUACCAAUCGAAUCUCCAUACGCCAAUGUGGUAGCUACAGAAGAUUAUUCGGUUUUUACAAAAAGGCAGAAACGAAUGAUGAUUGCGACUGCUUCAUUCGUUAGUUGGAUAAGUCCAUUGACCGGAGCUAUUUAUUAUCCUGCAGUCAACCAGAUUGCUGCAGACUUGCAUGUUACGAAUUCCAAAGUCGCGUUGACAGUUACAACAUAUUUAAUCUUCCAAGACCUAGGCCCCAUGAUGAUCGUUGGUUUUUCCGAUAAAGCAGGACGCAAGCCGGCAUAUAUAGCUUGUUUCUCGAUAUAUAUGAUUGCAAACCUGGCCCUAGCACUGCAGAACAAUUACAUUGCCUUGUUGCUCCUCCGCAUGCUACAGGCAGGAGGUAGUAGUGGCACGAUAGUGCUCUCGAAUGGACUGGUCGGUGACUUGAUUCCAUCGUCUGAGCGGGGGAAGUACAUAGCUUUUGCGUCGAUUGGAUUGAUUCUUGGACCUAGUCUGUCUCCAUUUCUCGGUGGAAUCAUCAGUGAAUUUUGGGAUGGCAUUGGGGAAAAGUCAGGGGCUGAUAACAGCAGGAUCUUUUGGUUUCUUCUCAUCCUCUCUGGAACUUGCUUCGUUCCAUUAUUGCUCUUCCUACCAGAAACAUGUCGUAACAUCAUCGGCAAUGGCUCUGUUCCUCCUCCCAAGUCGAGUUGGAAUCUAAGCGAUCAAAUCCGUUUUCGCAAUCGAGCGAAGAACGGCAUCCCCGUUGACGAAGCAAAGCUGGAGGCUUUGCGGAAGAAUUACAGAAUCACUCUUCCCAACCCUAUUUCUACACUGCUCAUAUUGAGAGAAUUGGAGAUUGUGAUGUUGCUUUUUGGUAAUGGUGUGGCAAUGGCAUGCUUCUAUGCCGUUUCAACUGGCGCAGCUGGAGGGUUUCGGGGAAAUUAUGGGUUUAAUGAACUGCGGAUUUCUCUCAUGUUUCUUCCCAUUGGUGCCGGUGGUAUAGUCUCAGCCUUCACAGCCGGCUACCUCGUUGACUGGAACUACCGCCGCCAUGCAAACCGCCUAGGCUACCCCGUGCACAAGAACCGGCAGACCGAUCUAGCUCAUUUCCCCAUCGAAGUAGCACGCAUGCAGAUCGCUGUACCACAUUUCUUCCUCGGUGCUGCGGCAAUGGUAGGGUACGGAUGGGUCUUGGCCUCUAACGUCUCCUUUGGUGUUCUGAUCGUCUUCUUAUUUCUGAUCGGGUACACAACUGACGUAGUAGGCCAGACGGUGAUGGUUCUCUGUGUGGAUAUUAAUCCUGGGAAACCGGCCAAUGUGUCAGCUGCGAAUAACGUGGUGAAAUGUCUGGUUGGAGCUGCGGCAAGCGCGGCGAUUGUGCCCAUGAGUCAGACGAUUGGGUAUGGACUCUUCCUGAUGUGUCAAUGCUGGGGAGUUAGCUGGGCGUAUACCAUCCUCGGAGUACUGUUUUUGACUAGUAGCUUGGGGCCGAUUGCGAGUAUGAGUUAUGGAAUUGCGUGGAGGCGAGCGAAGAAGGAAAGAGAUGAUCGCAAGGCGGAGGCAAAGAGGCCUAGUUAG